AACGAAAAUUAUUUUGACGCAUUGUGUCGGAAAAGCCGAUCACAAUCUGCCCUACCCUCUUAUUCUGCUCUGUGAUCUAGCACUUUUGACCGCGAAGACAAUUUUUCAUCGCCGCGCGGAAUCAAGAUGGGCAAAGUUCAACGCGGGAGAAGGAAGUACCACGAUAAGGUGAGCCACAAGAAAAUCAGGAAUCAAUUGAACCCCAAUGAGGCUGGACAAGACGGCCCACAAGCGGGACCAAGCGGGGCUGCCCAGCAGCCCGUUGAACAGCUCGGAGAACCCGUCGCAAUGCAAGAUGAACAGCAGCAACCCGCUGAGGAAUUCGCAGGGGAGGCAAUGGUGGAAGAAACCCUGGGUGAGGCCAUGGACCAAUUCAUGGAGGAUAUCACUGAGGAGACAAUAGAAGAAGCUCAACCGUUCUUCUGCGGUAAACCAAUCUUCUUCAGCGAUCUUCCCGCGAGGUUCAGGCUUGAGGACGUUCCGCUCUACAGUAGGACUUAUCUGCCAUUCGCUCAGUGCGACGUGUGCAGCAGUUACUCGGUCAGAGCCGUUGUGGUGGAAUGCGGUCAUAAGUUUUGCGAAAAUUGUGUCAGGCUGUCGAAGGUCGGCCGAGGUGUUCUCUGCCUCUUCUGCCAGAAGCAAAUGCCGUAUAACGUUCUUGAAGUCGCUGAGGAUUUCUUAGCUCGUCGAAUCCUCCAGUGUAGGUGUGGUUUGGAAGCGCCGCUGAUCGAUAUGCACAAGCAUAUAGUCGAGAGAGGGAAAAGAUGCUACAUCCCGAAGUUGCCGAUAAAGCAUUUGAUGACCUGUAACAAAUAUCAUGUGAAGUCGAAGCGAUGGCCCAAUCGCAUCUCGUACCUUGUACCAGGUGCCCUGUACAACCUCAGAGAUAUCCAACCUCCCCAAGACUCCAAGAUGUUCCUCGAAACAACACCGAGAAACCCGAAUCUGCCCCAUGUCUACAUAGAUCUGGACGCCGACGGGCUGUUCCUGGGUCGACUUCAUAUCGAACUCCGCGAGGAUAUCGUUCCGAAAACCGUGGCGGAAUUCAUCGAUCUAAUCACCGACUCCAAGGGCUACAAAGGACAAGAGAUUGAUUUCAUCAUCCCGAAUACCCUGCUCCAAAUGUCAGGCCUUACGGGCUAUGGGAAAAGCGUGAAGAAAUCUUUCCCGGACGAGAAUUACGAACUGAAACAUGACAGACCUGGCGCUCUGGCAAUGUCCAACAUCGGUGCAGGUACCAGCCAGAGCGGAUUUUACAUAACCACGACAGAAAUGCCUUGGCGCGACGGUAACAAUGUAGUAUUCGGCUACGUGAUCUCGGGAGAUCAAAUUGUGAGGCGGACUUGUGAAUUGGGGCGCCAAGACGGCACCCCGUUCCGCCGAGUGAGGAUCCGGGAUUGUGGAUUGAUCCGUGAUUGGAUCUUACCCGCGGUUUACUACAUGGCCGAAAGUGACUCUGAAUCUGAUCCUUGAAAUUAAUUUUGGGUAAUUUUGCGAUUUGGAAUUUUGUUUAUGCACGGAAGAAAAACUCAUUCAUUAUAUUUGGCACCAAUGUCAAAUAGGAUUCAAUGUCGGAAGGCUUUGCCGUAUCCGCAAGUAGUUGAAGUUGAUUUGACAAUCGAAUAAAAGGGACUCUCUCACACGAA